ACUCACCACUCGUUCCCAUUCAUGCCCCUCUAGCGAGAGAGAGGUCGUUUGAUUUUCUAUCCCAUUUCUAGAGAGAGAAGGUUGGGUGGUGUGGGUGGGUCGAACAGCGUGUUGAAGGAAAGGGUCUUCUUCUUCUUCUUCGCCCUCCUUCUUUGACUCUCAAAUUCCUUCAUUCCCAUUCCCCUUUCCCUUUUUUUUUUUUUUUUUUUUUUCCUUCUUGAAUUUUCUCUUCGCUUGUCUUCUCAUCAUUUAAUUCAUUCAUGUUCUGAAAGUUCAUGUCCUGUCUAGAACAGAUUAAUUGAAGUAUAAUAUUGUUUAAUUGUGCCCACUCACAGUUCCCACAAAAUAAGAACUUGGUUAUGAGAGUUUUCUAUGGAAAUAUGAGUCAUUCUGCCUAUUCUUCUGCACAGAACCUUCGACCCAAUUCGUUCUAGACUAUCAUCGAUCCAUGCCAUUCUCCUUAAUAUAAUAAUCUCCUAAUAUCUAUCUUCCUUUUUUUAAUCCCUCGAUUUACCCAUCCAGCUCAUUCAAUUGGGAAUGUUCUUUUAAUCUGUUCCUCAAAUUCCUAUAAACACAGAUAUGUUUGUAUUCUUUAUAUAAAAUUAUUGGCCACUUUUUUAACCCAUCAAUCUUGUUUGUUUCGAAAUGGGUUGCGCCACUUCGAAGCAACAACCGGUAUGCCGGAACUGCCAGGCGCCGUGCUCGCCGAUUCAGCGGAGCUACUCAAUGCACACCCACCACCAUCAUCACCACCACCGAUCAAAGCAAGGCCGAGACGCCUACCACGUCGUCGCUCUCACCUCCUCUACGUUGGGCUCUCUCAUGCUCGAUGCAAUCAAUCACAAUCACCAUGACAACGGAGACAACAAAGCUCCUGAAAAUGAGAAUAUAAAUGGCGGUGGUAGUGGUGGUGAUGAGAUUGUCCACGAUAAGAGAAGCAAGGAGUUUUCAAUGGGGAUGAUUGAGGCAAAAACAUGGUCCAACAUGAUCAAUGAAAAGAUACCCAAAAUUGUUCCGAAAACGCCAGUGAUAACGCCUCCGGGCGAACCAGAGACGAUCAAUACAUGGGAAUUAAUGGAAGGAUUGGAAGAUACUAGCCCUCUUCGAAUUCCUCCUAACCUCAAAAGUUUUUCAUUCCAUGUCGCCCCUAAUUCAGCUCCUUCUCCAUUUGAUCUUUCCGGAUCGAGACUCCAAGAAAAUCUCCAAACACCUCCUCAGCCAAUGUGGCUCGAGAUGCUCGAUAAUAAAUCAAAUUCCAAUUCCACUUCCACUUCCAAUUCCAAUUCUAAUACCAAUUCCAAUGCAGCAUCUAUAAUUUCCGAGUUCGAUCCGGAUGUCAUUUCCACAUUCAGAAAAGCUCUGGAAGAGCUCCCUGCGGCGAACCCAUUUCACCUUAAGCCAUUGGAGGGAGAGAAAGUUAAUGGCGAUGUCACUGACUUUAAUUUCAUUCCUCAGAGUAAAGACAGGGUUGUGUUGUACUUCACCAGCCUAAGAGGUGUGAGGAAGACAUAUGAAGAUUGUUGCUAUGUUCGAGUCAUUUUGAAAGGAACCGAUGUUCGAAUCGAUGAGAGAGACCUAUCGAUGCAUUCGGGGUUCAAGGAUGAGCUGAAAGAGCUACUGGGAGAUGGGUUUAAUGGUGGUGGAUUGCCAAGGGUGUUUGUUGGGAAAAAGCUUAUUGGUGGGACUGAGGAAAUACGGCGAUUGCACGAAGAUGGACAGCUUGAGAAGCUAUUGGAAGGCUGUGAAAAGGUGGAUGAUGGCGGGGGAGUUUGUGCGGCUUGUGGGGAUACAAGGUUUGUGCCAUGUGAGACUUGUUCAGGGAGUUGUAAGGUAUACUAUGAAGGUGAUUAUGAUGAAGAAUGUGAUGAGAGUGAGUAUGGUUUUCAAAGAUGCCCUGAUUGCAAUGAGAAUGGAAUCGUACGUUGCCCAAUGUGUUGUGAUUAAAAAGGCAGCUUAUACAACACAUUGGGCAACGUACGAAGAUGCCCUGAUUAGCGUUCCUAUUCCUAAUGCCAGAAACAAUAUCUUGCCUCCGCAAAUCUUGACCGCUCUUUAGCCAAUUUUUCCUUGGUUCGUUUUUCUUCUUCUUGUUUGUUUUUGUGUGAGUUGGUGGUUGUAUAGAGAGGAGUUUUGAUUUGUUGAAGUGGAGAUUUAUACCGAUUUGUAGAUGCGAACAUUUGUGAAGGAUUGAUAAUAUCGGUGAUUGAAUAUUUCAGUGAUCGUAGCGCUGUUAUGAGAUAGUUGCAGGUGAAGAGAGUGACUAAUGUGGUCUAGGUAGGUUUUCCCCCCACCUCCAGGGAUCUGUGUCAUGUAUACAAGGACUUGUAAUAUUUUCCUCAUAUACAUUAUCAUAUUUCCAGAAAAAAAAUGAUGAGAUAGCUAGCCUUGUAAGAA